CUCAGACUGAAAAGGGACUCGCAAUCCUGUUGUCCCCCUUGCACCUUGUUUCCACGGAGCUUUAUAUAUUCUUCUGCGACAACAAUAUAGCCAUAUUUCUACCGAACCAAAAUGAAGCUAUACGCCACUACCCUGGGUGCGCUUGUUCUGUCCACCGCAGUUUCUGCGCAGUAUGCAUUUGAGUUGGCCGACAAGGACGAGAAUGCCAUCUACACCGACAUCAUGGUUGCGUGGAAGGACUGGGCGGCUGCUGGCAACGGCGUGCUCGCCAGUGCGAAGGACGACUACCCUGAUGCGUACACGCAGCUGAAGGAUAUCUAUGGUACCACCUCGCUCCCCGGCCUGUUCAACGAGGGGCUGGCGCGGAAUGCGGCCAAGCGUCUGGCGGGCGUCUCGGAGACGACGAUCUGGGACAAGAGCCAAGCCAGUGCCCAGGGUGAAUUCUCAUUCUCGACCACUGAGCUGUCAGCCAGCUCAGGUCCCCAGGCUACCGCCACGGGUACAGGUGGCGCGUCCAAGACGCCCGAGCCGACCAGCGGAGGGGGCCAUGGAUCGGCCACCAGCGGUGGUGGUGGCGGUAGUGGUGGUGCAACCUCAGGUGAUGCCACUACAGGUGGACAGGCGACGGAUUCAGGUGAUCAGACCGACCAGACGGGCGGAAGUGGUACCCAUGCUACCUCGGUCACUGGCGGCAAGACCACCGGGGCUACCUCUUCGCCGACCAGCAAGCCUGAUUCAGGUGCGGCAGGCAUGGCUGCUGGCCAGCUGAUCGCCGCCGUGAUUGCUGCCGCCGUGGUUGCGAUUGCGAUAUAAUCGGUUUGUUUGUAGGGCUGGAUGUGUGGAUGAUGUUAAUAAAUUUUAUGUUCUAAAACCAGCAUUU